UGCCGAAGACGGUCGUCUUUUCGCGUCGCUCGAGUUUUCAACUUUAAACAGGAGAAAAAGUUGCCCGGCAAGCCAGCCCAGCACACACGAAAAAUGCUGACACCGAUGAGGCCAGCGGUGGGUUGAUUGGCUGACAACCACGACAUCCACGUCCACAGAAACAGCAGCGACUGCCAGCCACGCUUGAGUGCCAGCGAGUGGGAGGAAGUGGUGGAGUCGGGUCGAGGCAUCUGGUCCAACUGGAAACCUACUCUUGUAAGAAACCUAAGGCCCUCUCUGCCAUGACAAGUGUUUGGAGCAACUGCCUCUAAGAAGAAGGAUCAGCCGGAGCAGUAAACCAAAAACAGCUAAGAAGCACCUACUAGUUGGCCAAGACAAGUUUCGAAAUGGAGAAAUCGAUGCAUCACGCCCCCGCCCCGGCCGCCGUGGGUAAGGUCAGCCAGAUAGCCAACAUCUUCCAGCGCAAGCCCAUCGAGAUCCAGCCCGUGGAGCAACUGAGUGCCGUGGCUGCCGCCCAUGCAGCUGCCGCCGCCGCCGCUGCUGCUGCCCACAACCCCACACCGGUGCGCACCGAAUCCCACUCGGCCAGGUUCAACAACGCCCGAGCUCUGUUCGAGAAGCUUGGGGUGGAGUCCAACUCGAAUGUCAGCUCCAGGCUUCUGAGAAGCGGCUCCCGGGAGGACAACCUUUGCGACGGAUCGGACCGCUCUUCGUCGCGCUCCUCCGACAGGUCGCAGUCGCCGCCGAAGAGGAGGACCCCCUUCCCAUCCGGCGUGUCCUUGGUCCACAACAACAACAAUGCCACCGCAGCCCAGAACGGAGUGCCGAGCAGCGAACAGCGCCUGAGCAACAGCAAGUUCAUUGUAGAGCCAUCGGGCCAGGCUCCCCAGGGAGGAGGGGCCGUCAAGUUUCCCCAGCCGAACUUGUCCCGCUUGAAGUCGGGGGAGGAGGGAUCACCGCCACCUGGAGGACCUCCCGUCGGCUCGGUGAGUGCCCUGUUCGCCAACUCGGGUGGUGAGAAGCCCGAGAAGCCGGAGCGCAAGUUCAACUCAAGGGAGCUGAUCGAGAAGCAGAAGAAGUGGACCUCCCACUUCACCAAGACCAAGACCAGUCGCACCCACAGCGACCUCAACCGGUGCGACAUUAUCCGGACGGUGCCCGGCACGGGCCUCAUCAUGGACAGCGAGAAGGUGGCCAAGCCGGCGGCGGAGCCACCACAACCGCCGGCAAACACCAGUCCCAAUCCUCCGGCAAGGUCGCAGGCUCCGCCGGAGAUAAAGCCCCGCAGCGGGAAGAUCGGCAGCCCCGUGAAGUCGCCCCCCCUUCCGCCCAUUCCGGCGGCCAAGCCGAAGAACGUCAGUCCGGUGAAGCUGAAUCAGGAGCGACUGCGUCAGUCGCCCACGAAAACGGCGGAGAACUCGCCGCCACCUCCGCCCGCCAAGUCCGCGGCAGUAACGGCCGCCAUGCAGAGGUCCCUGCUCCAGGAGCAGCAGCAGGAGCUCCUGCGGAACAGCGGAGACGCACCCAUUCCACCGGAGAAGCCGCGCAAAAAGUCCAUAGAUCUCAUUGAGGAAACCCCGCCCACAACGGACUGCUCCACGCCCUCGUCCUGCGCCUCGCCCACCAACAGCUCCUACAUUGUCCAGCCGGCCAAGAGGGGAUCCGUGGACAAUGCCAUCGCCGCAGCAGGGCAGGUGUCCUACACCGGAAACGGCCUCACCGGAAGCACCAAUUCCGCGGCCUCGGGAUCUCCGGUGGCCAGCGCCUCCUCGGGUCCCUCCUCGCCGGCGCACACAGAGGACGAGAAGCAGGAAAACGAGUCCACAGAGAAGUCGGAGCUGGAGUACCCCCAGGGCAUGCCCCGCCGGUUGCGCAGCGAAAAUGAAGGUCGCAAAUCUGUGGACGAAACUCCGGCCAUCACCCAACAUUCCACUCCGGGAUCUGGCUCCGGAUCGCCGCAAAGGGUGGCCAACAAGCGGAGCAGCAUUACAUUCAACAUGCCGGCCGCCGGUCUCGGCCAGCGACCCCCGAGCAUGAUCUCCACCGCCAGCCAGGACGAGGGUGGAUUCAACGAGUCUACGCCGGAGCUGAAGGCCAAACUGCAGCCCUCCUACGACCCAUCGGAGGAGGAGCAGCAGCAGCACAGCUUGAACUACGUCGAUGUGGGCUUCCGCCUCAAUCCGGAUGGCAGCGAGAGCCGCGAGGUCUACGGCUCCGAGGCCGAGCUCUACGACACAGCCAAGGUGACCGACAUGCAGCGCAAGUUCCAUGGCGCCAAUGGGUUUGGCCGGGAAUCCAGUACAGUGUACGCCAUCAUCAAGCCGGACGUCCAGGACGCCCAGCCCGUCGCACCCUCUAGGGCUGCGCACCUGCAGUCGCCCUCAUCCUCCAGCGUGGACGGAUCUCCGUUGCACCGCGGAGUCUACAGCUCCCCGCCCGUGGGAGUGGUGUCCCCGAUUCGACGCCGGAACAGCAGCAGCAACAGCGUCCAGGAGCAGAGUGGCGGAGGCGGAAGCGCAAAGACGACGCCUCCCAUAUCGCCAGCUCGCUCGUCCUUCAUCAAGGGCAUCGCCCCCAUUGCCUCCAUCGACUCCCACGAAGAGGAGGGCCUGGACUACAACAUUGAGGAGGAGGAGGAGGAGAACCUGGUGGUGGAGGUGCACCACGACGAGGACGAGGAGGAGGCACCCGUUCUGCCCGAACGUCGUCCCACCGCCCAGGGCUCGUUGGAGAUGCAGGACCUGGAGUACGCGGACACCAGUGCCGGCGAAGACGAGGAGGACAUCCUCAACCACCUCAAGGGCAGCGAUGUCCUGGACGUGGAGCUCAUCGACGAUGUGGUGGACGAGGUAAUCAAGGUCCAUGUGACCCACAACGUGGCCCUUGCGCCACCAGAAGCCCCCAUGCCGCGGGUGGACAGCUUCGCCGAUGAGAUGACCGCCGCCGAGGCCGAACGACUGUUGAGCUCAAGCAUUUUGGAAAACAAAAUCAGGCAACAGUCGCUGCUGUCGGACGAACAGGCCAAGGAAGUCGAGCAAAUACUCAACGCCGCCCCAAGUGUGGGCGUGGCUGUUGCUGCCGUUGUUGCCACCGCAACAUCGCCGACCAGCAUCAAGAAUCUCAUCGAGGACUCGGCCCCCGUAGCGGAGCAGGACAUUCAAAUAGCUGCCGUGCCGGCCAUUGUCGACGAGGAGGAGGACGACGAGGACAUCGAGGAGGACCACGCUCGAGCCGAGUUCAACGAGGAGGCUGACGGCGACUCGGACGAGGUGGAAGCAGUUGACAUUGUCGGAUAUGGUCAGGCCACCACAGCAGGACCUCUAAACGCCACCUUCACCAAGGCGGACAGCACUGAGACAGAGACCACGACCACUACCACACCCUCUACGGCCACCACUGCCACCACUCGCCACGACGACGACGAGCCAGAGUGGCUGAGGGACGUCCUCGAGGCUCCAAAACGCAGUCUAGAGAAUCUGCUCAUUAGCUCCGGACCUUCGGCUGGCGGAGACGGGCAGCGGGAAGUACGGGAGCGGGAGGAGAUCCUCCUCGAAGCCAAACAUUCCGAUCCUAACCAGACCUUUGUAACCGGCGGAGGAGAGUCGCUGCACGAGUCGAUCGUGUCGGUGGAGUCGACCCAGUCGGACGCCACACUCAACCAGACCACCACGAUCGAUGACAGCAUCAUCUCUAGCAAGCACAAUUCCACCUACUCCCUGGCGGAUGCCGAGCCAGCCACCAAUUCAACGGUUCUGAGCACCGGCGUGACCGAGCUAGACGACAGCCAGUACUACAUACCGGAAUACCCGCCUGUGAGGAGCAAGGAGGUGCUCGUGGAGGCAGGAGUGCACUACUUUGAGGAUGGCAACUUUUGGAUGGAAGUGCCUGGUCUCCUAGACUUCGACGACGACGACUGCUCCUAUCCACCCAUCACAGUGCGCAAGAACCCCAAGGUUCGCUUCAGCUCCGGACCCAUACACGUGUACUCCACAUUCUCCGUGAACGACUACGAUCGGCGAAACGAAGAUGUCGAUCCGGUGGCCGCUUCGGCGGAAUACGAGCUCGAGAAGCGCGUGGAGAAGAUGCACGUCUUCCCCGUGGAGCUUAUGAAGGGUCCCGAAGGAUUGGGUCUCAGCAUAAUUGGUAUGGGCGUUGGCGCUGACGCCGGCUUGGAGAAACUAGGAAUAUUUGUGAAAACCAUUACCGACAACGGAGCAGCAGCCAGGGACGGCCGCAUUCAGGUCAACGACCAGAUCAUUGAAGUGGACGGCAAGAGCCUCGUGGGAGUCACCCAAGCGUACGCAGCCUCUGUGCUGCGCAACACCUCCGGUCUAGUCAAGUUCCAAAUCGGACGCGAGCGCGAUCCCGAGAACUCAGAGGUGGCCCAGCUCAUCAGGCUGAGCUUGCAGGCCGAUCGCGAGAAGGAAGAGCGCCUCAAGCGGUUAGUUCCUUGCCUCUCAUCCUAUAACUCUUUUUGUAAUUUCCCAUCCUGUUACUAUCCUAGCCAACAAGAGGAGUACCUACGUCGCACCCUCGACUACUCCGAGGACUCCACCCAGCCGGUGUCGGCCAAUUCGAGUGUUUGCGAGGGUCCUUCCAGCCCGGUCCAGGUCGAGCAUCCGAUGGAGGUGGAGGCCACUCACUCGCAGGAGGUAGAGUCGCUGAAGCGGCUGCUACAGGAGAGUGAAAUGGGUUGCCUGGUUAAGGAUGAAAUAAUCCAAAAUCUCAAACGAAAGCUGGUCAAGCUCGAGACGACGGGCAACGAGAAUGAGCUGCUCAGCGAGCGACUGCGUCAGAGCGAGCGGGAGCUCGGCAACAUCCGGAAGGAGGCGGCCAACCUGCAGAACAUGCUGCAGCAGUCCCAGGGCCAGUACAUGGCCCUCGACAAGAAGUACAACAAAGCCAAGCGCCUGGUGCGGGAGUACCAGCAGCGGGAGCUGGACAUGUGCCACCGCGAGGAGUUCUACCAGCAGCUGCUGCAGGAAAAGGACACCGAGUAUAAUGCCCUGGUCAAGAAGCUCAAGGAUCGGGUCAUCAACCUCGAGCACGAGCUGCAGGAGACGCAGCGAAAGGCCGGGUUCCCUGUGGGCCUGCCCUACGACAGUGCCACCCUAAAGCUCACACCACAGAUGAUGCGCAAGGCGCCGCCAAAGCCCCUCUUCCACAAGCUGGAGACGGAGCUGUCGGACACUGAGAUCUCGGACCUCUCGCCCGAUGGCGAUGGGGUCAAAACGGCCACGGUGGAGCGCAAGGUUCCGGUCAAGGACGAACUGGACGCAGCAGUGCCCCAGCACGAGCUGCUGGACAAUUCUGUGAACAAGACCAAGAUCGACCUGGCCUCCCGGGGCGGUCUAGCCAAUCGCCAGCUGCCCUCCACGAACGGAGCCAACGGCACCGCCAACGGAGACGCCCAGCUCUCGAACGGGAACCUCAUCAAGCGCAGCCGGAGCAACAGCCGCAGCUCGGAGUGCACGCUGGACGACAGCGACGAGGAGGAGGCGGACGAGGGCUCCUCCCCGAACUUGGCGGGCACUGGGGCGAACGCCCACGAGACGAUCAGCAGCCUCUCCAAUGGGAACUCGCACCUGCUGGCCAACGUGAACAACCUGCUCCAGCACCAUCCGCCGGCGAUGGUCGCCACGUCAACGGUGACCCCCUCCAACGGCCAUUUGGGCACCACCACGGCCAUCCUGCUGAAUUCGACGUCGUCGGCCUCCUCCAGCUCGUCGAACCAGUCGACGGCGCGGGAGGCUCAGAUCAAUCAGCUGUACGCCCAGGUGCACAAGGACCCCAGCAAGCAGCAGCAGCAGUUGCAGCAGCAGCAGGCGGCGACCAGCAUCAGCAUACCCGGCAUCUUCAAGAACUCCCUGGGCUCGCCGGCGGACAGCGGCGGUCUCAACGACUUCCAUCGCGGCAGCAUGACCACCUUCGGGACGGGUCCGGCCAGCAGCAGCAACCGGGAUCUCAACAGCUCGUACGACUCCAUACUCGGGUCCAACGACAAGCUCUCGGAGAACGAGCCGGCGGAGAGCUGGAUGUACCCCAGCCGGCGACGGGUAGCUCCCAACGGCAGUAAAGUGCCGCUGCCCGGUUCCAGCUUCACGGACCAACUCAACCAGGCACUGUCCGAUCGCGAGAGGCGACUUGGGGACGGAUCCUCGCGACACUCCAGCGACGACUACACGGAGAUCAACAAGAGCCAGAGCGCCGCGGCGAUCAACUGCAAGACGCUGAUCAACGAGAUCCGCCAGGCGGUGAACGAGGCGCAGCCCAAAGUCCCCUGGCAGCAGCAGCACCAUCCCCAGCUCCAGCAGCAGCCGUCCGCCCACACCACCGGCCCGCCCUCGCCCACCAGCAUGUCCUCGGGCUGCUCCUCGCCGGGCUACUCGCCCAGCCGCACCCUGGACCUCUCUGGAUCAAGCUCCAGCUUCUCGGAUCGCAAGGCGGCGGCUGCCGGUUACCACUACAAGGGUGGCCCCGUCCACGAGUGGACCAAGGAUCAGGUGGGCCACUGGCUGAUGGGCAUCGAGCUGGAGCGCUACAUACCCGUCUUCAAGGAGCACAACGUGGAGGGCGGAGCGCUGCUCACCCUCGACUCGAAGGACUUCAAGACGCUGGGCGUGAGCGGCGACGACAAGCACCGGCUGAAGAAGCGCCUGAAGGACCUCAAGGCGAACAUCGAGAAGGAGCGCAAGGACAUGGAGCGCGAGCGACGGGAGCGCGAGAAGGCCAUUCGCAAGGCCGAGAAGAAGGCGGCCAAAAAGAAGUAGUUGAAUUGUUAGCCAGUAAGACUCUGAAGAACAGAAUGUAGCCAAAAACCAAAAGCGUACGCAGUAUAUGUAGUCUAUGCAUACACACCACAAACACACACACACACAAGCAACACACUCGUAUUAGCAGUUAUAUAUAUAUUUAUACGCAUCUAAUGAUAACAUAAUUUAUUUGUACAACACCCACUUCUAUUACACAUACGUACUACAUUUUAA